AUGGCUCAGUAUUUCUUCGAUCUGCUCUACAACUUUACAGAUUGCAUGUGCUGCUUUCCGAGCACGCCGCAGUUGAAAAUCAACAAUCGCAGCUUCAAAUUGUUACGGCUCCUUGGUGAAGGUGGAUUUUCCUACGUUUACCUUGUCCAAGAUAAGGCGACAUCAGAGCUCUUCGCCUUGAAGAAGAUCCGGUGUCCAUUCGGCCAAGAAUCUGUAUCACAAGCUUUGAAAGAGGUCGAAGCCUACAACCUAUUCACAUCACAACCGAACAUCAUCCAUUCGAUAGACCAUUGCGUAUCUACGGAGCCGGGCUCGAAGUUUCGUUCCGAUGGCGGCGAACCAGGAUCGAAAACCGUCUACAUCCUGCUUCCCUACUACCAACGCGGGAAUCUUCAAGAUGCGAUCAAUGCGAAUCUCGUGAACCAUACUCGUUUUCCCGAGAAGAGGCUAAUGGUGCUUAUGCUCGGUGUCGCCAACGCGCUUAAAGCCAUGCACCAGUAUCGGGUAAAGAGUGGCGCUGGGUCUACGCGCAGAGCCAAAGCGGUCAGACGCGAGGGCGAGGAGGCGGACGCACAAUUAUCAAUGCAAAUGGGCAAGCCGAAGCGUCGAGCAAGCCAGCGAGUAGACGAAGAAGAUUCAGAAAACGAGCCGUUGAUGGAUGACGAGGUUACUAUAAGCCAGGAGGGAGUUCAGGAGGGAGAAAUUCGCCCUUAUGCGCAUAGGGACAUCAAACCUGGCAAUAUCAUGAUCGACGAUGACGGUCAGACUCCGAUCCUAAUGGAUCUCGGCUCCCUAGCGCCCAGUCCCAUUGCUAUCACCUCCCGUUCACUAGCUCUGGCCGUCCAAGAUACUGCUGCCGAGCACAGUACCAUGCCGUACCGAGCGCCUGAGCUAUUCGACGUCAAGACCGGGUCAAUCAUUGACACCAAGGUCGAUAUCUGGUCCUUGGGAUGCACAUUGUACGCCUGCCUUGUAGGGAAAAGCCCCUUUGAGGCCCGAAGCGAGGAGACCGGCGGUAGCCUCAGUAUGUGUGUAUUGGGCGGGGACUGGCGGUUUCCGGAUGAGAAGCCCGGGGCCACCAAGGGUAAAGGCCGAGCUGGAGCUGAGGAUGCGGGUAAAGACAACACUGCAACCAUCAGCGAGCCAGUGAAAGAGGUAGUCCGGAAGUGUUUGCAGGUUGAGCCUGCUGACCGUCCUGACAUCGAUGAGCUCAUUCAGAUCAUAAAGGACGUGAUCAAGGAUCUUUCGGAUGACGAUGGCAUCGCUUCAGGAUCAGCCUAA